CUCCAGGGAAGUCUUGGAAUCCAAAGAACUUGAAGAGGGCGCCUAGCCAAAGAAAGAUUGUUGAGCCUUCCUGGGCUUCCUGAAGCUGAUUUUGAGAACAAACACAAAUCAAAGUCUUUUGUGUUCUUAAAAGCAGCAAUUUUCAUGGUAGAGCUAAAGAAUAGCAAGAUUUAAAACAAAUACCUUGAGACACUCAGAAGAGCAACAUGGGAGAAAGUGAAAAAAGGAUUGAAACGCAUAGAAUAAGAUGUCUGUCCAAGAUGAAGAUGUUUCUGUUGGCAAUCACAUGUGCAUAUGUAUCCAAAACAUUAUCUGGAUCUUACAUGAAUUCCAUGCUCACACAGAUAGAAAGACAGUUCAACAUCCCAACAUCUCUGGUUGGAUUUAUUAAUGGGAGCUUCGAGAUUGGAAAUCUUUUGCUGAUUAUAUUUGUGAGUUAUUUUGGAACAAAACUGCAUAGACCUAUAAUGAUUGGUGUUGGAUGUGCAGUUAUGGGCUUAGGAUGUUUCUUAGAAGCACUACCCCAUUUCCUCAUGGACAGAUACGAAUAUGAGUCUACAGUCUCAGUUUCAGGAAACUUGUCUGCAAACAGUUUCUUAUGUACAGAAAAUGGAACCCAGACUGUAGGUCCAAUGCACGAUCCGUCAGAAUGUGUGAAGGAAGUACACUCUUUCAUGUGGGUGUAUGUGCUGGUAGGAAACAUUAUACGUGGAGUGGGUGAAACUCCCAUUAUGCCUUUAGGUAUUUCCUAUAUAGAAGAUUUUGCCAAGUCUGAAAACUCUCCUUUAUACAUUGGAUUUAUAGAGACAGGAGCUGUCAUUGGCCCUUUGAUUGGACUUCUGUUAGCAUCGUUUUGCGCCAAUGUUUACGUGGACACUGGAUCUGUCAACACAGAUGAUCUGACCAUAACUCCGACUGAUACUCGCUGGGUUGGAGCAUGGUGGUUUGGCUUUUUGAUUUGUGCAGGAGUGAAUGUACUCACUGCCAUUCCCUUUUUCUUUUUGCCCAAAACGCUUCCAAAGGAAGGACUAGAGGGCAGCGCUGACAGCAUUCAGAAUCAUAAAGAAGAGAAACAAACCGAAGACAUUAAAAAGGAGAAGCCUGGAAUCACUAAAGAUUUUUUGCCAUUCAUGAAAAGUCUCCUCUGCAAUCCAAUUUACAUGCUUUUCAUAGUUAUAAGUGUGAUACAGUUCAAUGCAUUUGUUAAUAUGUUCUCUUUCAUGCCCAAAUAUAUGGAGCAGCAAUAUGGAAAAUCAACUUCAGAGGCCAUCUUUUUAAUUGGUAUUUAUAACUUACCUCCAAUAUGUUUUGGAUACAUAGCUGGUGGUUUACUCAUGAAGAAAUUCAAGAUUACUGUCAAACAAGCUGCCCAUAUAGGAUUCUGGUUAGCCUUACUUGAAUAUUUGUUGUACUAUUUAUGCUUUCUCAUGACUUGCGAUAAUUCAUCGGUUGCUGGUUUAACCACCUCCUACGAAGGAAUUCCAAAAGAUUUAUAUGCAGGAAAUAACAUCUUUGCUGACUGCAAUAAGGAUUGCAACUGCCCAGCCACAAUAUGGGACCCUGUGUGUGGAGACAAUGGCUUGUCCUAUAUGUCAGCCUGCCUUGCUGGUUGCGAGUCAUCCAUUGGAACAGGAAUAAAUAUGGUGUUCAAAAAUUGUAGCUGCAUUCAACUGACAGGAAACUCCUCUGCAGUUCUUGGGCUGUGCAACAAGGGACCCGACUGCUCCAUGAUGCUGCAGUACUUCUUAAUCUUAUCGGCCACUAGCAGCUUCAUCUACUCCUUAGCUGCCAUUCCUGGAUAUAUGGUCCUCCUGAGGUGCAUCAGUUCUGAAGAGAAGUCCCUUGGUGUGGGGGUCCAUGCAUUUUGCACAAGAGUAUUUGCUGGAAUUCCUGCACCAAUCUAUUUUGGAGCUUUGAUUGAUUCCACGUGUUUACAGUGGGGAACUCUGAAGUGUGGUGAGCCAGGAGCAUGCAGGUUUUAUGACUCCAUUAAUUUCAGACACAUCUACCUGGGGUUGCCCGCAGCCCUGCGAGGAGUCAGCUUCAUUCCAGCCGCGUGCCUCCUCUUCCUGCUGAAGAACCGCCGUCUGCCUGGGGAAGAUGCCCCUCCAGGAACUGAACUCGUGGAGAGCAAGGUUACAGAGAAGGCAAAUGAGUGCAAAGAGGUACACCAACGUCCCAAGAGCUCGGAUGAGGAGGAAUUCAAAACUAAACUGUAGUGCACUGCUACAUCAUCCUUCUUAGAUGUGGACAAUGUGCUGGACAACGGCUCUCUCAGAAUCCAUAGGGGUACCACAGGUAACUUUCUCUUAUGUACAAGAAUCCUGCUAAACUACUUUCACUCACUACAAAAAUGUUCACCUAUGGCACUUCUGAAAUAUGAUGGCCUUUGAGGUUUUGCUUGGAGGAACAUUUGUGACAGCCCCCUCUAGAGAGAAGUUUUGAAUUGAUGCUAUAAUGUAGGUUAAAAUAGCAAGAGAGAGGGCGGGGAGAGACAGAGGAAGAUCUUCUAUCCCCAAGCAGCCACAAUGGCCAGAGCU